AUGGAGAGACAAGCUGCUGAGGAGGAAAGCUUGAUUGGCACGUCUAGCCCACAAGAUGCUUUGGAGCAUGCCAUCAAGGCGGCGGAGCUCUACAUGAGGGCUUCGCGUGAGGCCCAAGGAACGACGGACCGCUCGCGUAUUCGAGGCAAGAUUGAAGAGAUGAUUACUCUCGCCGAGUAUCUCAAGAGCCCCUCUACUAAGGAGCUCAUCCAGCCAAAACAAGACCGCCAGCUCACACCUCGGGAAAUGGUUGCUCUUCUUCAGUCUUCAAAACUCAAUGGGAAUAACUUCCCUCCUUGGCGAACGAGCCACGCGGAUCCGGGCGCAUUUUCUCCCAAAGCGGGCCAGGAACUCUACACUGACCCUACCCCGUUCCCGCUGUCAAAGCUACAGCUGGACAACUUCGAGGGCUGGAAGAGGCCCAACGAUUUACCCACCGCUUUGCAAUCUCUGUCGCUCUCUAGCAACUCACCAGCCCGGUGGCUAGAGGUCCUGCCCACCAGUGAUCUCGUCCAAGAUGUAACGGCCGACUGUUCGGUGCUCUUGAGAGGCCUCAUGUUCCCGUUCGAUCCGGACCGCAAACAGUUGCUGAACUCUGAAAACGGAAAGUACAUCUUCCGAAUGAACUUCAACGGGUGUUUCCGCAAGAUCGAGAUUGAUGACCGGUUACCUGCCGCCAAGACAGAUCGCGCCUUGUACGUGACCGACCGGCAGAACCCUACCGUGAUUUGGCCGGCCCUCAUGGAAAAGGCCUAUCUCAAGAUUCGCGGCGGCUACGAUUUCCCUGGCAGUAACUCUUGCACCGAUUUAUGGGUUCUCACCGGCUGGGUGCCCCAGCAAAUCUUCCUGCAAAGGGACGCCCUUGACCUCGAUCAAGAAUGGGACACCAUUGUCCAAGCCUUCAAGACGGGCAACGUCCUCGUCACCCUGGGCACUGGUCGCAUCUCUGCCUCCGAGGAAGCGGCCACUGGUCUUGUUGGGGAACACGACUAUGGCAUUCUCGAUGUAGAUUCCGAUCCGGAUAGGCGGCGAUUGUUGAUCAAGAACCCUUGGCGUACGGGAGAAAGGUGGAACGAGCUAGGGUCCACAACCAUCUCGAGCCCACCGGCGGAAGACGGCGGUGGCGGCGGUAGCCCGCCAGCUGGCCUACAUGAUCAAACCGGUACAUUUUGGAUGAGCCUUGCGGACGUCUCCCAACACUUCGAGUCCAUGUACCUCAACUGGAACCCUGCCCUGUUCCGGAACCGCCAAGAUUUCCAUUUCGACUGGGACCUGAAACCGAGGAAGAACAUGUCAUCUACCGUCGUCGACAACCCCCAGUACUCGGUGACGCCCAGCGCCGACGGGUCCGUGUGGGUGCUGCUCGCCCGCCACUUCACCGACGAGGAAGUGGGUCUCAUUAAGCGACGGUCUCAGAGCGUGGACGAGGAUGCUCGAGUCGAGGUGGGAUUCAUGAGCAUCUACGUGUUCGAGGACCACGGCAAGAGGGUGCAAAAGCUCACGCGAGACUUGCACCACGGACCCUUUGUGGACUCACCGCAGACCCUGCUCAAGUUCCGCGUCGAGAGUGGGAAAAGGUACACCGUCGUCCCCGUGCAGGAGAAGCUCCCAAUGGCCCGCUGCCGCUUCACGCUCUCCUUCUUCUCGAACCAGAGCCUCGGCAUCGCACCCGCCCAGGACGCCAUGCGCUACUCCACCGACAUGUCGAGCUCGUGGACCAGACGCACAGCCGGCGGCAACUCGGGCUCCGUGAACUACGGCACGAACCCCCAGUUCAGCAUCACCCUCACGCGCCAGUCCUCCCUCUCCCUCCUGCUCUGCACCGACAGCCCCAACGUCCCCGUGCACAUCGACCUCGUCUGGGCCGGCGGCGACCGCGUCGGCCCCUCCCUCGCCAUCAAGGACGUCCUCGCCGACUCCGAUGCUUACGUCCGCGGCUGCGCCGUCCUCGACGUCCCCUCAGUCGACCCGGGUACCUACACCGCUGUCUGCUCCACGUUCGAGGCCGGCCAACUCGCCGACUUUGCCUUCCGCGGCUCCGGCCGCCUGCGCACGCAACUCACCCCUUUCGUCUUCGCCGAGGGCGAGUCCUGCCUCCGCGCCCCGCUCAGCAUCGCCCGCCUCACCCGCAUGUGCGCCUCCGUCCGCCGCGCCACCAUCCCCUCCGCCCACGCCCACGCCCACGACCUCGGUCCCCGACGGUCCUCCACCCCGCUCAAAAUCGCCGUCGUCACCGGCCGCGGACCCCGCGAACACGUCCUCGGCGUCUCGGGGGUGGGGAAGGGUGGGGGUCACUCGAGCCGCGAGACGUUCCAGGUGGACCUUCUGGGAGAUGCGCCCAUCAGCGCCGGGACCUGGGAAGAUGCCUCAUAA